UUUCCCAUUAACUCAGGCUGAGUAUGGGUGGUAAAUAUUCAGUGUUUCCUUUUUGUUUUGUUAACAAUUUAUCCCAUAAUUUUAUGUGGCCAUCUCCUAUGGUCUGGUUUAGUGGGUGCCAAAUGACCUGUGCCUUGUUAGAAUAAUUUACAGAUACUGGUACUUGUUCUGAGUGUGCCAUUGCUGAGUGCCGGUGCGGGUACCCUGCUUUUGGAGACGCGCCUUUUUGGGAUGCUUGGACAAUCAAAGGUGACACCUCACAUCCAACCAGGGGAAAAUAGUUUAAAUAAGCUUGGAAUUUUACAUUUUUUAAUGUCUAAAUAAGUUCAUAUAGUGUUACUUUAAAUACACCAGUGUGUGUUUUGGUGUAUACAGGUAAAUUUUUACUGGCACUCUUUUUUUUUUCUGUUAAAUGAGUAACAUCAAUAUUUUAAUGUCUAAAAGUGAGGACCAAGAAGAUCAUGGCAGCAGUGAACUCGUUGAGGAAUAUACUGAUACAGCCACACCAAGGUAUUAAUGUAGAACUUAGUCUACCACUGUGGUUUGAUACUUGGUUCAACUUGAGUAAAAACCUUAAAAUUGAACAUGGUAUGAAGGAUUGUCAUAAGCUUUUUGACCCGUUGUCACAUGGGGAGUGUUAGAUUGGUUAUUUUGAUGGUUAGAAUAAAAAUAUCUUCAAAGCUUUUCUGUGACUUGCAUAUUACUUUAGCCAGUGUCCGGACUGGUGCAAUCAUAAUACUCUGAAGUAAUGGAUGUAUUCAGAAACGCUAUUGAGAUCACAUCCAACAAGAGUUUUUGUAGUGAUCCACAGAGUAAUCCUCACAGUUUCAACUGUCUUCCAAUGUGUCCACUUUUCCGAGAAAACACAACUGUUCAGACCAAAACCAGACAGCUUGCAUAAGACAAAAACUACAUGUGACAGUCUGAUGCAUUUAUUUGUGUGUGUCCACAGUGUAGGAGAGCAGGCUGGCUGUGUGGCUGCAGCAGGGCAGCUGACUGAAAAACAAGUGGCUCAGAUUUUUGCAGCUGCAGAGAUCAGCAGGGCCUACAGGAGGACUCGUCAUGAAAAACUGUUAGAGUUCAUAAUAAAGGACCAUGGAGCAGAUGAUCACUUGCUGGCUGUUGUAUCUCGUAAGGUAUCGUCCAAAUGGUUAAAAAAUUAUGAAAAUCCUAAAGGUCACCGGGUAAUGACUUAUAUAGAAGAUGAGGAGCUGAUAGAUGGCCUCUACAACUUCUUGGAUGAAGUGCUGUCAAGAGCUGUAGGCACUUUUGAGAGGAUUGACAGAGUUCGCAUCAUUCUGGAUGUGCUGAUGCCAGAGGCUCUUAUUAAAGCUAUAUAAACAGUUGAGAGGAUUUCUCUGCCAGAGGCAGAAAAUCUGUUCAUGGAUGGACCAGUAUACAGUGAGUGGUACGUCAUGUGGAAAAUAAACAGUCCUUUCUUUUUCUUUUCAGCGCCAUUAUUCUGUUAAACAGAAUACCCUAUAGUUGUUGUGAAUUUAGACAAGAAUAUAAACUAAAUAUAUAUAAAUGUGAAUAUAUAUGUUUAAAGUGACAUUUAAACUGUACAUUAGUACAUUUUUAGUACUGGUAAAAUUACAUUUAGAAUUAUGCCAUAUAUAGCAUUUAUUCUAAACUUUACAAGGUCAAGAAUUGUGGUUUCAAAUGACAAAUGCAGAAGUGUUUCUGGUUGGUAUGAUUAGAAUUUGUUCAUUUGUGUGGUUGUUUUUGUUUUGUUUUUUUAGUGAGAGGGAAGAGUUUGACAUACUGUACUUGUUUUGCAACAAUUGGAAGCACAAGGAAAGCACCACUGAGGCAUUUAAACUCAGGAUUACAUCUCAACCCUACUCAAAUAAAUGUGUCUCUUUCUUUACUUCUCUUUUGCCUUUUUUAUUUCUGUGUGUUAAAAUGACUGUGCAUAAUAGAGUUGUAUAUAUUUAAUGUAACUAUUGAUGUAAAUAAUAAAGGACACUUUCUGUUAUUGUUAAA